GAAAUCAAUAAAUGUUAUUUCAGUGGCAAGCCCUGAAAGGGGGUCUACAAAGGCCCAGUGGGCGAGGCUGAGGAAAUGCCUGGACACGACCCUUCUCAUGACAUUCCCAGGGCGCCCGCAUCAGCCCCUACCAACUCCCGCUCGGGGACUUUCUCGGAAUCGCGCUGCUUCUUCCAGCCGCCUCGAGGCGAGCCCCGUCCAGGUCGCUUUAGCUCCGCCCCCUGAUGAGGGGCGUGGCCUCCUCAGGGCCGGGGCGUGGCCCAACCGGGAACUGGGGCGACGAACUCCCCUUCCCAGUCUGGGCCACCCAAUCCAGGCGGGGCGGGAGGCUGAUCACGUGACCAGCGAGCGGUCUCACCCUCCUCAUGUGCCAGUACCACCUCCUCCAGUCCCAGAGGGGGGAUGUCUUACUGCUUUCCGUGAAGCAAACCCUUUAUUUGAGUACGGUUUGCGUCCACAAAGCGUGCGUGAGAUCCUUGGGAGCUACUGGGCCCGUCUUUGCCCCCCUCGGUGGGGUUUUGUCUCCUGGCUUCCCCCAAGUGCGAGGCAGUUGGUCUCGCCCAGCCGGGUCCUGGGCGCGGCGGCGGCAGCCGCGUCACUGGCGGGCGGGAUCCCUCCGCUCUGGGGAGGCAUUGCUGGCGGCGGGGCUGGGGCCACUGAGGAAAUCCAUCCGCGCCGCCGCCGCCGCCGCCUCCGCCGCGGAGGAAGACAGCGCCACCCGCGCUCCGCUAGCGACCCCCGCCGCAGAGUUCCACCGCCACAGGAUGCCCGAAAAGCAUGUGGGGACUCAACACUGACCCAGAUCACAGCUGGGCUGGACCCAGUGGGGAGAAUCCAGAUGAGGACCCGGAGGACCCUCCGUGGGCACCUGGCAAAGAUCUAUGCCAUGCACUGGGGGACCGACUCAAGGCUGCUGGUCAGCGCCUCCCAGGAUGGGAAGCUCAUCAUCUGGGACAGCUACACCACCAACAAGGUCCACGCCAUCCCGCUGCGCUCCUCCUGGGUCAUGACCUGUGCCUAUGCGCCCUCAGGGAACUUUGUGGCCUGUGGGGGGUUGGACAACAUCUGCUCCAUCUACAGCCUCAAGACCCGCGAGGGCAAUGUCAGGGUCAGCCGGGAGCUGCCUGGCCACACUGGGUACCUGUCAUGUUGCCGCUUCCUGGAUGACAACCAAAUCAUCACCAGCUCUGGGGAUACCACCUGUGCCCUGUGGGACAUUGAGACAGGCCAGCAGACAGUGGGUUUUGCUGGACACAGUGGGGAUGUGAUGUCCCUGUCCCUGGCCCCCGAUGGCCGCACGUUUGUGUCAGGCGCCUGUGAUGCCUCUAUCAAGCUGUGGGACGUGCGGGAUUCCAUGUGCCGACAGACCUUCAUCGGCCACGAAUCCGACAUCAAUGCAGUGGCUUUCUUCCCCAACGGCUACGCCUUCACCACCGGCUCUGACGACGCCACGUGCCGCCUCUUCGACCUGCGGGCCGAUCAGGAGCUCCUCAUGUACUCCCAUGACAACAUCAUCUGUGGCAUCACCUCUGUUGCCUUCUCGCGCAGCGGCCGGCUGCUGCUCGCUGGCUACGACGACUUCAACUGCAACAUCUGGGAUGCCAUGAAGGGCGACCGUGCAGGGGUCCUCGCUGGCCACGACAACCGCGUGAGCUGCCUUGGGGUCACCGACGAUGGCAUGGCUGUGGCCACGGGCUCCUGGGACUCCUUCCUCAAGAUCUGGAACUAACGGCCCCACCCCCGCUGGGCCCAGGCCGGGAGGGGCCCUGCCCACGCCCACACUACAGGCCAGGGCUUCGGGGCUGGGCACACUCCCAGCCCCCUUCCCUGGGCCAUGGGGCCUUGGGUCCCUGCCCUCCCACCCAGAUUUGGUUCCUCCCGGGGCCCCCACUGUGGAGAUAAGAAGGGGAUGGAAUGGGGGAAAAGGAGGGGCAGGAGGCCCUCAUCCUUCUGCUGCCCUGGGGUUGGGGCCUCACCCCUCUGGAGGGCCAGAGGCAGGAGGUGGAAACCCCAGGGGCUGGCUUUUUUAAAACUGGUUUUAUUUUAAUUUUUAUUAUAUUUUCAGUUUUUCCAUAAAGGAGCCAAUUCCAACUCUGUA